UCGAUUUUAACAGGGCCUCUUCCUUUCACCUUUUUUUAUAUUCAAUAAUAUGGUAGAGUUAUCGUUUAUGCAAUUAGGUUUUGUUAAGCACACUUUUGUAGCUAAGGUUUAUAUGAUCACUGACUAAGAAAUAAAAAUAAACGGACCAACAAAUUAUUAUUCUUGAUGACUGACGGCGGUCGUAGUAGAGAACACAAGCGCGCGCAUCUUGGUAGGUUUGUGCUGUGUGCCGUGUUAAGGAGGUAAAACAUAGCACAAGGAAGUGGAGUUGGAAAGAAGUAUAUAUCUAUAAUAAACGUUUAGCUAGCCAUAUUUUUUAUCAUGCCAACAAGUUGCUGUGCUGUGGGCUGUACAAAUAAGCACUCGAAGGACGUAGACCUUUCUUUUUACAAAAUUCCAGCUAGAAAAACUCCUUUUGAAGCACGAAGACGCAGAGAUUGGAUUCGUGCUAUCAACCGGAAAGAUUGGGACUCCUGGACACCCGAAAUGAUAUCCAAGGAAAGAAUAUGUGGUGCCCAUUUUGUGUCAGGUAAAAGAUCAGAUGACCCAGAAAAUGUUGACUGGGCACCAACUGUCUUUAAUCAUGCUGAGUCAGAUGGUUAUCUUUCUAAAGCAAUGUCAACCGAACAAAAUAUAGUGUUACAGAACGUGCCAUUAACUUACAAACCCAUGUUACAAGGACACCAACGUACAGCAUCUCCUGUUCAUUAUGCUACACCUGCACAAGUCACAAGACCUGCCUCAUCAACACUACCUCCGCCUCCUCCACAAAAUGUUAGACCUCCAGCUGGUAUGCUCUCGUCAUCUAUGUCUUACCAAAGCAAAUACGGUGAAUUACUGAAUGUCAUUGAAGAUUUGGGACGUGAAAUAAAACCAACUUAUGCUGGAAGUAAGAUGGCACAAGAGAGAUUAAAGAAAGGUAUCAUGCAUGCUCGAGCCUUAGUGCGAGAAUGUUUAGCAGAAGUGGAGAAGAGUGCAAGACAAUAGAAGAUUGAUUGAUUUGAUGGAACGCCCCACACAACAACGACUAAUGACAAUUUUUUAUCUGAAUUAACUUCAAGUCUCAACUCUUUGAUUCAUUAAGAAAACAUUCGCGUGUGUUUUUGCUGUGUUGAAACCAGCUGAGACGUUAGUCAUUUUAUGCUUACGAAGAAUAGACAUGUGAUGCGAUAGGUGACAGAAGAUGUAUUUAUUGAUAAAAAAUAAUUUUAUUUCUAUGUGAAAAGAAUUUGAAAGAAAUCUAAA